AUGGGGGGUCAGGAUCCAACUCGUCCCUCUCGGGGUAUAUUGGGGUCUAUCUUCGCUCGCAAGCCUGCUCGAGAGCACAAUGCUCGGGAGAAACCCGCGCCUUCCAAAUGGUCCAUGGGCAUUCUAGAAGAUAAAGAAACCAUCGAAGUUCCAGGCUCGGUACUGCUGUUAGCCGCUGACCACAACGAACCUCUCGGGCUGCGGAAUGCGCCAGCAAGGACGUCUCACUCAACCAUCCCGGCGGGCAUCAUCCGCCAGCUACCAGACGAUGCCGUGGAGGCACCGAAGAAGAAGACGCCGGAUGGCAAGAUCAUCCUGGAACCCCAACCCGAAGACUCGGCAAACGAUCCCCUCAAUUGGCCGGCUUGGCGAAGAGACUUGGCUUUGCUGUCUCUUGGGCUCUUUUGUAUGGUUGGCGGCGGUACAACCCCCCUACUCGCGGCCGGUUUUACAGAUGUCGCCCAGGAGUACGGCGUCGAUGUCCACAGCGUCUCGCUGACCACUGGCCUGUACAUGAUGGGCAUGGGCCUUGGAUCCGUCCUGUUCUCCCCCACUGCAAUCCUCUGGGGAAAAAGGCCCGUCUAUCUUUUCGGCGCCGUCGUCUACAUGGCAACCUCGAUCUGGUGCGCUGCGUCGCCCAAUUUCAUCUCGCUUGUUCUCGCGCGCAUCUUCCAAGGCAUUGCAGUCAGUCCGGUAGAAUGUCUGCCGUCAGCCACCAUUGCCGAGAUCUUCUUUCUGCAUGAACGUGCCUUCCGGAUUGGCAUCUACACCCUUCUUUUGCUCGGCGGCAAGAACUUGGUCCCCCUCGUUAGCGCCGUCAUCAUACAGAACUUGGGGUGGCGCUGGGUUUUCUGGGCUGUCGCUAUAGUGGUUGCCUUCUGUGGCCUGCUCCUGUUUUUGUUCGUCCCAGAGACCUUCUGGGACCGCGUCCCCCACAGGAAGCCGAAGAACCCCAACUCCAGGCCUGGUUUCUUCCGUCGGCUCUCGUCCAAAGCGAACGUGCUGGCCCCUGCGUCACUUCCUUCUGCCCGCCCGGAGGAUGCUCCAAUCACCCCAGUUGCACCAGGGGCUCGUGGGAAGGCCCAGCGGGUCGGAUUUGCUGCCGAACAUGAGACGGAGAGCGUGAAACACACAGAGACGUCAAGCGAGUCGUCUACCAGCGGAUCUGCUGAAGAGCUCGUUGCCGGCGGAGACACCAGACGUGGCGGUCAAAGCCUCUCUAGCGACGACCCUGCGCCGACCCGGAAGUCUCUGCCGGAAACGGCCUCUCGGCUUCCAUUGCCGGUUAAGCAGGCCAGCUCCGCUGCGGCCUUGGAGCCUCCUGUUAACUCGAGCGACAACGGAAAUGGACAACAUGACAUCGACGUCGAGUCGCAGUCCAUCCAAAGCUCCCAAACAGCUGGCGUGGUGCCCUACACAGCUGCUCUGCGCGACCAGCCAGCCCGAUCCUUUGUCCAGUCGUUGAAGCCCUUCAACGGACGCCUGAACAAGGACAAAUGGCACAAGGUUGCCAUCAGGCCUCUGAUACUUUUCAGCUACCCUGCUGUUCUCUGGUCCGCCGUGGUUUACUCGUGCUCCGUCGGCUGGCUUAUCGUCAUCUCGGAAUCCAUAGCUGUAAUAUACCGCGAGGAGAUCUACGACUUCAACGCCCUCCAGACGGGCCUCGUGUACAUCAGCCCCUUUGUCGGCGGUAUCCUCGGCUCCGCGGUUGCAGGCAGGGUGUCGGACGUUAUUGUCAAGGCGAUGGCGCGGCGGAACGGCGGCCUCUACGAGCCUGAGUUCAGACUGGUCAUGGCGAUACCCAUCGCCAUCACCACCGUCAUCGGCCUGAUGGGUUUCGGUUGGUCUGCCCAGGUCCACGAUCACUGGAUGGUCCCGACCGCCUUCUUUGGCAUCAUCUCGUUUGGGUGCACCAUGGGAUCCACGACUAGCAUCACCUUUUGCGUCGACAGCUAUCGACAGUACGCCGGCGAGGCAUUGGUGACACUCAACUUCAGCAAAAACGUCUUACAUGGCUUGGUCUUUAGCUUGUUCGUUACCGGAUGGCUUUCCGACGAUGGGCCGAAGACGGUGUACAUCUGGAUUGGUGUCAUUCAGCUGAUUCUACUGCUCUUUACAAUCCCCAUGUACAUCUUCGGCAAACGCUUGCGGAUGUGGACAGUGCGGAGGAACUUCAUGGAAAAAUUUUGA